AUGGAGUCUUUUGGAGCUCUCAAGCGGCGGACGACCGAGAUACUCCAGUCUCUCCCGCAGAACCUACCCAAUAUGCCCAACGUCAAGAGGCCGUCUCUGUCCAGCGGCACCGGCCCGAAGGCCAUGAAGGGCACAUGGGAACGAAUCGACGUCCCGCCUCUCGCCCGCUCCUCCCACACUGUCAACGUCGUCAACGGCUCCGCCUACGUCUUUGGCGGCGAGGUCAACCCCCGCGAACCCGUCGACAACGACGUCCACGUUAUCAGGCUUCCCUAUAACAGCGCCGGUGCCGACUACUACAAGAUCACGUCUGCCCCAGCAAAGCAGUAUACCCCGCCCGCCGACCCCGAGCCCACCACGACGCAGACGGAGGAGAAGAUUGACGACGAGAAGCCUGAGGCGUCCGGCGACGACGUCGAGGAGAAGGCUGCUCUGAAGCAACAGCUCCUCGACGAGGUGUCUCUCGCCUCACCAGGCGUCGCCGGAGAAGGAGAAGAAUACUCGUCCCUCAGAGCUGGCGAGCAGACCACAAGUGCGCCCACGGUGGCAGACAAAGGCAAAGGCCCCGCCCUACCCGAACCCCCCCUCCUCGGCGACGUCCCGGGCCCCCGCGUCGGCCAUGCCACCGCCGUCAUCGGCAGCCGCAUCUUCCUCUACGGCGGCCGUGGCGGCCCAGACAUGACACCCCUCGAGGAGGCCGGCCGCGUCUGGGUCUUUGACACCCGCACAAACUCCUGGUCCUUCCUCGACCCCGUACCGCCCGCCCCCGGCGUCACCAACCUCCCCAUGCCCUCCCCGCGUAGCUACCACUCCGCCGCCGCCACCGACCGCCCGCGCGACUUCGCCCCCAAGCACGCCCGCGCAAAGCAGACCUGGCGCGCCUGGGCCCAGGGCGACAGCGCCGACGUCGGCAUCCCCCAGGCGCCCAUCAUAGGCCACGCCGCGGCCAACGCCACGGACGAGGAGGACGACGGCUACGGCACCUUCUUCGUUCACGCAGGCUGCCUCGCCAACGGGGAACGCACAAACGACCUCUGGGCCUUUGACGUGCGGAGCCGGGUGUGGAGCCAGCUACCCUCGGCGCCCGGCCCCGCGCGCGGCGGCGCCGCCAUCACCGUCAGCAAGAGCCGGCUGUUCCGCUUCGGCGGGUACGACGGCAAGGGCGAAAUCGGCGGCCAGCUCGACUUUAUCCACCUCGAGAUGGACACCUUUGACGACGGCGUCUCCAAGGGCGAGAUCGCCGUCCACGGCCGCGGCGGCUGGCAGAGCAUCGCCCAGGGCGCGGGCGCAACCCCCGGUACCGGUGCCGGUGAGCAGGAGAUCCACCUCGUCCCGGGCCAAACAUGGCCCGGCCACCGCAGCGUAGCGGGUCUCGAGGCCGUCACCGUCGGCGCAGGCCGGGAGUACCUCCUCCUCAUCAUGGGCGAGCGCGAGCCCAGCGCGGACGGCCAUGCCGGCGCCGGCGCAAUGUGGGACGACGUGUGGGCGUUCCAGGUCCCGCCGCUCGGCAUGACGGCCGCCAGCGUGCGCGACGCCAUGUUGCAGGCCAUUGGCCGUCCCACGGGCGAGGGCAAGUGGACGAGGCUGUCGAUGGAGCCGUACGACGACGAUAACGACGACGGCCAGCCCGCGCCGCGCGGGUGGUUUGCGGCGGCGGCGAUGAGAGACGUGGAGGAGGCUGGCGUCGUUGUCUGGGGAGGAUUGAGCUCCGAAAACAAGAGACUGCGGGAUGGCUGGAUCUUGAGGAUCCCCGAGUGA